GUUUUAUUUGUGUUUGGUUUACACGUUCAAGAUAAUCUCACUGCUCCUCGCACUUCCCCUGCACUCAAGGUACCUUCAGGUUAGGUGCAAACCUACCAAAGACAGAUUACAAGUGUAAUGGACUUUAAAUAUCAUCCUGGUACUUCUGGUCGUGAUUGUCGAAUUGUUUUGAUCGCUCGCUAUCACUGAUUGUUAUCGAUUCGCUCAUUACUUAAAGCUUCCUUAUCAACCAAAUCUAUAUCAUUUCAUGCUAACAUCUAAACUGGUGAAUAUUUUUGACAAUUCAAAUGAGUCGUCUCUUAAGGUCUAGUAUCAGGGGAAACAAGUCAGAACAAGUCGUACCUCGACAACAACGAAGUAAAAGAGUUUUCUCUGUAAUCCCCUCAGUAUCUUCCAGCUCAACAGGAACCCCAGUAAGUCGUCCCACUCAACAAAGACGGCCGAGUCCUCCUGAUCCUUGUAGAAACGCAACAUCAGUCGAUUGCGAAUCUUCUAACAUAAAAGAUCAAAGCAACAUAUUGGCUAAAUUCAAUAAUUUCCUGGAUGAUCAAAAAGAAAUCCAUUCACCUGUUGCGUUUGAUUCACAUACUACACAAUGUAAGGUCAAUUUCUCAGCCAAGUCUGCAACUCAGUUUGCGGAAUCUAGUCCACUGAUUGUUGGAAGAGCAAAUGAGAUCAGUCGUUUGACAUCUUUGAUUCAGUCUUAUAUAGACACAAAGAAAAGUGCUAGUCUUUAUGUAAGUGGGGCUCCAGGAACUGGAAAAACAGCAGUCGUCCUAAAUGUUGUUCAGAAUUUUAAAACGCUUGGCAGAUGUAAUACUGCUGUGAUUAAUUGUAUGCAAUUAACGUCAUGUGCAGAUAUUUUUGGACGAAUAUCUAUCGUUUUAGAAGCUCACAAUGGCAAAGAAAAUAAUUCUAUUAGCGAUGGUAAUUCAUUAGAAUGCUUUUUGAAUCAACAACCACAAAAACAGACGAUUAUCCUAGUUUUAGAUGAAGUGGAUCAGUUAUCUACGCGUGGUCAGAAGUUACUCUACAGAAUUUUCGAAUGGCCAUCAAAACUUACUUGUCACAUCAUUGUUAUUGGGGUGGCAAAUGCCUUAGAUUUACCAGAACGUUUGUUACCACGUUUGAAAUCAAAAGUUGACAAACCUAUUCAUAUUAUAUUUCAACCGUAUUCACAAUCUGAGCUUGCUGAAAUUGUUCAAGCUCAUUUAUCCAAAUCAUCAAAUAGUGGAUCAUGUAUAGAACCUCUGGCUAUACAACUAUGUUCUAGAAAAAUUGCUGCUUCUACAGGGGAUGCACGUACUGCACUAGAUAUAUGUCGCAGGGCGAUUGAUUUAGCUCAUCAAGAUGCUCGAAUAAAAAACAUAUCUGACGCGUUUAUUCCUUCGAAGGUUGCGGCUGAUUCUCCCAUAACACCUUCCAUCCAGCAUAUAAGUAGGGCUUUAAAGGAGUCUCAGGUUGAUUCUCCUCUUCCUGUUAAAUCGUUUAGUGGCGUUAAUACAUUUACUACUAAUGGCUCUGAGCUGCCAUUACAUCAUAAGCUUCUACUGGCUAGCUGUCUUCUGUUAAGAAAACAAAAAGGUUUACGUGAAUUAUCGUUUAGCCUACUUUAUGACACGUACAUACUUAUAUGCAAGAAAAAACAAAUUACAAGUUUAAAUGAAUCUGAACUCUUUGCUGUAUGCGACCUACUUGAUUCUCGUGGAUUUAUUCAACUUACUGGUCCGCGUUAUUCAGUUAAAGCUACAGUGGGUACACCAGCACGUUUAAGACGUAUCCGAUUACGUUUAGAUGAUGGUGGUGUUCAACAAGCCUUAAUGGACGAUUUCCUGCUGUCAUCAGUAAUGGAUAUAAAAUUAGAAAAGUAAUUUUAUAUUUCAUCAUAAUUUAUUUGUAUAUAUUUAUCUAUCUGUUUCACUGUUGAACUAAUCAAACAUACUCUUAUUUCGUAUAACCUUUUCUAUGUAGGUGUUUCGAUCUAAAUUUGACAGUAUUUUGUUGUUUUCAUUACAGAUAACAUCAUGUUUUUAUAAUUCUUACGAUGUCCUUGACAAGUAUUUUUGUAAUCUAUGUAUGCACUUAUGAAAGAUAAAUAUCUCUUAUCUGUUCUCCAAUAUGUUUAAAAAUAGAUUUUUUCAGUAAUUGGUAUAACUGAAAAGCUACUUUCGGC